AUGAACAACGAAGCUCCAACAACGACACUGGAGGUUGAAAAUAACACCCAACAACAAGCAACGAACGAAAGUAUUGUACUUCCCGAUGAUCAAGUAAAAUCAUCCGAACUUCAGGUAACAACAGACAUCUCAUCAUCACAAGCACCACCUCCUCAUGCCAUCGCAACAAUUACUACUACCACCUCUUCAAACAAAGAUAACGUAGAAACACCCUGUUCAUUAUCAACACCAACAACUAAACGGGUAAACUUUUCUGAAGAACCUUUCCCAAAUUCUUCUCAACACCAACAACAACAACAACAAAUACAGGCAAACGGAAACAGCCAACAUCAUAAUCAUGUUGAAACCCAUAAACCCACAACAGCCACAGUAGCUACUAGGAAUAAGCAAAUUAAUUUGGAUGAAAUUGUCGACGAUAACACUCACGAAAAGGAGAACAAGCGAGAACGAUUUGCCUCGGUGAUGGACCAAUGUUUUAACUUUUUGUGCGCAUUUGGUUGCAAGAGAGGUCAAAGAGAUUUAGAGACGGGAUCAAUGAAAUCACGAGGACCUUGGCUCUAUAGAAAUUAUGCACCUAUUCAUAUCUUUUAUAUUAUAUUUUGUGGAUUCUUUUUCGGAACGAUUUUCUACAUUUUGGAAUUAUCAAAUCCUAAAACUAACAUUCCGUACAUUGAUGCAUUGGUCAUGAGCUUUGCUAGUGUAUGUCUGUCUGGAUUCUUAACUCAACCCAUCACCAAUAUCACAGUCUCAUCUCAGGUAUGCCUGUUUUUCGCAAUUGUCAGUGGAGGACUGACGCUCACUUGUCUCCCUAUAACGUUACUGAAAAUUCGACGCUGUCGUCUGCGAAUGUUUGCAUUGAGAGAAGCCGAACUUAUCAAACGACAAUUGGAAAAAGAACAACAACAAGAAGGAACCAUGGUCGAAUUGCGAGAAGUUAGCAAUUCCCAAGAGCUAAUCUCAUUAGAAGAUUCAACAACAAACGAAAAACCACUACCGCGCAGUAAUUCAAUACCUCUGCCACCACCAAUCAAACCACUCACUUUGUGGGAAAAUAUUAAGGAUAUUUUUGUUCCCAAUGGAGAUCCUUUCCCUCUCACAGACGUUGAAUGCUCUGCCAUGUGUUGGGUGACCGUGGUCACAGCAAUCUUGGUGUUGGUAAUUGUUGCAAUAGGCUUUUUUAUUCUUGGAGGCGUUUUUGCAACCUACUACAAUGAAGAUAAGUACAUGCACGGAAAAGAUCCCUUCUGGCUUGGACUCUUUAUUGCUGUGAGUGCCUUCAAUAAUUGUGGCCUUACCUUACUUGAUGAAAAUUUGAGCAAUUUUGUUCAUGAUUGGUCCAUAUGCUUCACUGUUGGAGUUUUGGUCAUGCUUGGAAACGUAUUGUUCCCUCUCAUUCUUCGAUACAUUCUCGUACUCAUCUACAAAUGUUCCACAAAGAGAAAGGUGGUUUUCAAGUACAUUCUCGAAAAACAUCACCAUCUGUCUCCAUAUGUGUUCCCUGGACUUCAAACCACCAUCUAUGGCGUUGUUACAUUGCUAUUGUUAGUAUUUGGUAUUGUAGUAACACUUGCAAGUGACUGGAACAGCCCAAGAUUGGUGGGCCAAUCUAUUUCUACGAGAGUUUUGGUUGCAUUUUUCCAUCCCAUGAGUUCUCGAACAGGAGGCUUUAACAGCGUUGAUUUGUUCACACUGUCGUACCCCACCUUGGUAGCGUAUGCUCUCAUGAUGCGUAUCAAACCUCAAAUGGCUUGCAGCUUGCGAGAAAACGCAUACAAGAUUGUUGACAUGGUUCGAUAUUUGAAUGAAGAAGAAAAAUCCGUGGUCGAAACAGCCACACUUUCUACUUUCAACCCAAAACUAGCCCCAAUGGGAAAAAUCAAAUCUACUCACUCAAUUGUUAGCAGUGAUAUUGAUGUUGGAACAGUGAAGGAAUUAGGAAAAGUUGAGGAUGGAAAGAGUUUAAUUUCUGCUGUUGAUCAAAAGGAUGAAGUCAUUUAUAUCAAAUUGCAAAAGGAACCUUCAGAAGAAGAACAAAAAGCUAUGGAGGAAUUGGAAGAAGAAGAGAAAAGUGUCUAUGGAUAUUCUCUGUCAACCAUGAAGCCCUAUCUAAGAUCUUCGAGUUAUUCAUCAGUGGUACCUCCACUUGACAAGGCUACUCUUCCACAAGUUCCAUUUCCUGUCAAGUCUAGAAGAUUUGCAAAAAAGCUCUGGAAUUUGCUGGUUAAAUGCGUAAAAGAUUUUUGGUUUUAUUUGACAACCAUGCUCUCAACAAACAACAUGUGGAUGAUUAUUAUCAUUUUUGCAAUUUCUAUAGCUGAGAAUGACAAAUUGAAGAAUGAUCCAGCACACUAUUCACUAUUUUACAUUCUAUUUGAAGUCAUUAGUGCUUUUGCAAAUUCUGGGCUCACCGUAGGCAUGGAAGGAUCUGCAUUGGCAUAUUGCGCAUUUUGGACAUCAUUCUCCAAAGUAAUGAUUUGCAUUGUCAUGAUUAUGGGAAGACAUCGUGGUUUUUAUGGAACCAUGAUUGACAUGGAAGAAGAGUCCUAUGUUCAAGACUUUUCAAAACAGAGCGAGUUUUUAGAACGAAGAGAAAUUCUCAAACAGUACAAACGAAAGCUCAAAAAAUUGAGGAAAAUGAAGGCCAAGCUCGAACAAUAA